CGGAAGGAAGCUCCAUACUCGCACACUGCAAAAGCAAAAACACUUUCUUCUCUGUUUCUUCUCCUUCAGAACUAAGAAUUAGUCUCUUUUUCCCUCAUUUUUUAGCUGUAAUGGCUGUUGAUAAUGCUCUUUCAUUCCCUUUGUGUCCUGUAGCAUUCGAGAAGGACGCGAAAGCUCUUGAAUUCAUUGAGAAAAUGACUAGAAGUCCUGACUUGGUUCAAGAGAGAAUCUUGGCAGAAAUCUUGAACCGAAACAAGGAGGUGGAGUACUUGAAAAGGUUCAAACUUGACGGAGCUACCGACCGAGAAACGUUCAAGUCGAAGAUACCCGUGAUUACCUACGAGGAUCUUCAGCCUGAAAUCCAACGUAUAGCUAAUGGCGAUCGCUCUGCUAUCUUGUCAGCUCACCCCAUUUCUGAAUUCCUCACUAGCUCUGGGACUUCAGCUGGGGAAAGAAAGCUCAUGCCAACAAUUCAAGAAGAGCUGGAUCGUCGUCAAUUAUUGUAUAAUCUACUCAUGCCAGUAAUGAACCUGUACGUGCCUGGCUUGGACAAGGGCAAAGGCCUAAAUUUUCUGUUCAUUAAAUCUGAAACAAAAACCCCAGGUGGGCUCCUGGCUCGCCCUGUGCUUACAAGCUACUACAAGAGUGACCACUUCAAGACCCGUCCCUAUGAUCCCUACAAUGUCCAGACUAGCCCAAUCGAGGCCAUUCUAUGUGCGGACUACUUCCAGAGCAUGUAUACCCAGAUGCUAUGCGGUCUCCUGGAGCGCGAACAAGUGCUCCGGGUGGGUGCAGUGUUCGCCUCCGGUCUCCUCCGUGCCAUCAAGUUUCUUCAAUUGAACUGGCGAGAACUGGCUCUAGAUAUCGAGUCAGGAACGCUAAACAAGCGCAUUAAUGACCCUAGUAUAAAGGACUGCAUGGCCAAGAUCCUGAAACCCAAUCCAGAGCUUGCAGAUUUUAUCAGAUUCCAGUGUUCCAAGGAGAAUUGGGAAGGGAUCAUUACAAGAAUUUGGCCUAACACUAAAUACCUGGACGUGAUCGUCACCGGAGCCAUGGCUCAGUAUAUCCCUACCCUCGAUUACUUCAGCGGUGGCUUACCAUUAGCUUGCACCAUGUACGCCUCAUCAGAAUGUUACUUUGGGUUAAACCUGAACCCAAUGUGUAAACCAUCAGAAGUUUCCUAUACAAUCAUGCCAAACAUGGCCUAUUUCGAGUUUUUACCACAUCAACCUCACUCAUCCGGGUUGACUCGUGACUCACUACCCGAACUUGUCGACCUUGCUGAAGUUGAAGUGGGUAAAGAAUACGAGCUUGUCAUCACCACGUACGCCGGUUUAUACAGGUACCGAGUUGGUGACAUCCUCCGAGUCACCGGGUUCCACAACUCAGCUCCUCAGUUCCAUUUCGUUCGAAGAAAGAACGUGUUACUCAGUAUUGACUCAGAUAAAACCGACGAAACUGAGUUACAAAAGGCAGUGGAGAACGCUUCUCAACUCCUACGUGAAUUCAACACAAGCGUAGUUGAAUACACGAGUUACGCAGAUGUAAAGACGAUUCCAGGCCACUAUGUCAUAUACUGGGAGUUAUUGAUCAAAGACUCAACGAACUCACCGAGCGAGAAGGUACUGAGUGAGUGCAGCCUUGCAAUUGAAGAAUCGCUGAACUCAGUGUACAGACAAGGGCGAGUUAGGUAUAACUCAAUUGGGCCACUGGAGAUACGUUUGGUGAAAAAUGGAACAUUUGAGGAGCUAAUGGAUUAUGCAAUAUCAAGAGGAGCAUCCAUCAAUCAGUAUAAGGUUCCAAGGUGUGUAAAUUUUACACCAAUCACGGAGCUUCUUGAUUCAAGGGUGGUAUCUACUCAUUUCAGCCCAGGUUUGCCUCGUUGGACCCCAGAAACGAGAAGGUGAUGAUGAGAUAAGGAUCUGUUUGUCACCGAUCAAAUUGAGGCUUCAGAAGUGGUUAAUGGAAAAUAAAAUGGAUUUUUUUUUUUUUUAAGAAGGGUUAAAGUAUAAGUUUGAAUAGGAUGUUUGAUGGGUAAGGUUUUGUAUUUUGGUUCAGUUGAUCUAGCGAGUGGAAGUGAUGGGACUAUGAAGAUGUUUUGUCUAGUGAAA